AGCAGUUAAAUAUACAGCUUUUGAUGUUGAGAAAAUGUCUUGCGUUCUCUCUACCCUUUUUACCCAAAGGUAGAGUCUGCAGUCGAGGUCCGUCUUGAUCACUGCUAUCUUAUCUUGUACUAACAUCAUUGUGUCAUGGAGCAUUUAUGAUGUCAGUAGGGUCAAAACGUCUGCCCUUGAGAACCCUACUUGCCCUUGAAUACACACCACUUAUUUGACUGAGGACUGUGCUGCAGCUAUAGUACUUUGGAAAUGUGUGUGUUAGGGCGUCGGUGUGUGUGUGUGUGUGUGUGUGUGUGUGUGUGUGUGUCUGUGUGUGUGUGUGUGUGUGUGUGUGUGUGUGUGUGUGUGUGUGUGUGUGUGUGUGUGAGGGAGAGAAAGUGAGCUAAUUCCAUCAUUGCACCUCCCUAAUCCUGCCUGCCUGUUAAAAGGUGCCGCCGCCACAUCGGGGGGCUGCAGAGCUCUCCUCUCCACCCUGUCAACAUCUAUUUCCAGCCUCCACCUCCACGACACGAGCGGACAGCCUGCAAUUACUAGUCCUCCGUUAAGCAGCGAACCGAGGGAGCUGAUUUUUUUUACAAUACAUCUGCUAAUAGACUGUUAUUGCAGGUAACGCACACAUUUGCAGACACGCUAUUGCACACACACACACACACACACACACACACACACACACACACACACACACACACACACACACACACACACACAUAUAAACCCACACAAACCCACACAUACACACAGGCUUUUACAAGCGUCAGCCAUGAACGGCACAGAAGGGCCCAACUUCUACGUGCCCAUGUCCAACAAGACGGGGGUGGUGCGCAGCCCCUUCGAGCACCCCCAGUACUACCUGGCCGAGCCCUGGAAGUACUCGCUGGUGGCCGCCUACAUGCUCUUCCUCAUCGCCACCGCCUUCCCCGUCAACUUCCUGACGCUGUACGUGACGGUGAAGAACAAGAAGCUGCGGACGCCGCUCAACUACAUCCUGCUGAACCUGGCCGUGGCGGACCUCUUCAUGGUGGUGGGGGGCUUCACGGUCACGCUGUACACGGCGCUGCACGGCUACUUCGUCCUGGGCGUCGGCGGCUGCAACAUCGAAGGCUUCUUCGCCACCCUGGGAGGAGAGAUCGCCCUGUGGUCUCUGGUGGUGCUGGCCGUGGAGCGCUACGUCGUCGUCUGCAAGCCCAUGAGCAACUUCCGCUUCGAGGAGAAGCACGCCGUCGCGGGCCUGGCCUUCACCUGGGUCAUGGCGCUGACCUGCGCCGGCCCGCCUCUGUUCGGCUGGUCCCGGUACAUCCCAGAGGGCAUGCAGUGCUCCUGUGGGAUCGACUACUACACCCCCAAGCCUGAAAUCAACAACACGUCGUUUGUCAUCUACAUGUUCAUCCUCCACUUCCUCAUCCCGCUCUUCGUCAUCUUCUUCUGCUACGGCCGCCUGCUCUGCACCAUCCGAGCGGCUGCGGCCCUGCAGCAGGAGUCUGAAUCCACCCAGCGAGCGGAGAAGGAGGUGACCCGCAUGGUCAUCGUCAUGGUGAUCUCCUUCCUGGUGUGCUGGGUGCCCUACGCCACCGUGGCCUGGUACAUCUUCAUCAACCAGGGGGCCGAGUUCGGACCAGUGUUCAUGACCGCGCCCGCAUUCUUCGCCAAGAGCGCCGCCCUCUAUAACCCCGUCAUCUACAUCUUGCUCAACAGACAGUUCAGGAACUGCAUGCUCACCACGGUAUGCUGCGGCAGGAACCCGUUCAGAGAGGAGGACACUGGGCUCAGCUCCAAAACCCAGUCCUCCACCAUCUCUACCAGCCAGGUGGCACCGGCUUGACCUUUGACCCACUAUGGCACUCAAUCCCCCCCCCCUCACCUCCCCAACCCCCCGCACCAGAAUCCCAAUCACACAGCCCCCAACUUUGAUCUGAUUGGCCGGUGAUUUUGAUUUACCUUCCUGUCCGCGUUUACCGCAUCGGGCCUCAUGCACACAUACAGAUGUGUUAAAGGCCCACACAUGUUGUAUAGGCUCUACCACACACAACCCAAUGUACAAUGGAGAGUGUUCAUGUUGUGUUUUCUACUGCACACCCUCAUGUUCACUGGAAAGCGUUCAGCUGGCCUUGGUUGAGUUUUAAACUGUAAAACGUCCUGGGGUUUUUCUGGGCAACCCUCCAACUAAAAAUGGCCUCUCUCCUUCUGGAUUCUUCCUUCUAUUGUAAAAGGUUAAGAAACAUUAGCCCAAAUUAGAAUAUUACUGUAUAUACUGCAUUAUGUUACAUUAUGUUGUUCACGUUGUGUAUUUAAUCGGACAGUCAACCUAUGACAUCUGUAAAUGAACCAAAGUGUUACAUUUAUAAUUAAUGAAUGUAUAUAUUUUUUCCAUUUGUCUAGCUAUGUUCAUUUUAUUAGCUAAAACAUUUGUAUUUAUUGUCAUUAUCAUUUCCAUGGAGCUAGAAAUGAAAAUUACAUCUUAGAAAGAAAGGCAAGGAGAAGAUAAUAGGUGCCUUUUCAUCCAAAAAAGGAUUUUUAGCUCUGUACUAAAUCUGUGGUGUGUAGCUUCUCAUUGGUCUGGGAGAACUGUCAGCACACAGAAGAAGCAGCUCAGCGUUAUUGAGCUGUGUUCAGCUAGCAGAGGUGUGGGGGAUAUUUCCCCACGUCUGUAGGGCCUUGGUCCAACUGGUCAAUCUGUCGGCACAGUGAGGCUGACACUCUUUUCUGUUGCCUCUUAACAUCGAGUGAGACAAUGACCAGCAAGGAAAUAAAUAGAAAUGGUCUGCUAUUGAAGAUUGUUCAGGUUAUUUGUGUGUGUGUGUGUGUGUGUGUGUGUGUGUGUGUGUGUGUGUCUAUUUGUGUGUGUUUAUUGUGAGAGUCUGUGUUUGUUGUGAGAGUGUGUGUUUUGGGCGCAAGCAUGUGUUUGCUUGCAAGUGUUUGUCUGUGUGGGUGUAGUUGUGUUUGUCUGUUGACCGUGUACUACUAUGAAAAGGUGUAAUGUGAAGAUUCAUGAAGACUGUUGAUUGUAUAAAAAGGCUGUUGUGGAAAUGA